AUGUUAGAGGAGGUGGAUGAAAAAAAGGAAGAAUCCAAUGGCUUGUUACAAACGACUGCUUCCAACAGGAAUGGGACCAAAAGUUCUAACAUUAAAACUGAGGUCGAAGAGGAUGUUCAGCAUUUUUCAUUUUUAUCAUGCACACGGGAUAUCCAAAAAUUUACAAAGCGUGAUAAUAUUCCACUGCACAUUGCUGUAACAAAUAAAAACUUGAACAAAAUCGCUGCACUCCUAAAUCAAGGGGCUGAUGUAAAUAGCAGGGGAAGUUUAGGUGAAACGCCGUUACACAUUGCUGCUCGGAGGGGUUAUUCUUCAAUUGUAAAUUUUCUGUUAUCACGGAAUGCAAGUGUUGACAUAAGAGACAAUAAUGAUAGUAUUGCAAUACAUUAUGCUGUGGAUAAUGGAACACUUGAUACAGUUAGAAUACUUCUCGAUCAUGGGACAGACGUCAAUAGUAAGGGAGGUAACGGCCAAACACCACUACAUAUUGCUGCAAGAAAGGGACAAGAAAAUAUUGUGGAUUUACUUUUGUCCAGGAAUGCAAGUGUAGAUGUACGAGACAAUGAUGAUAAGACACCAAUACAUUACGCAUUAAGGAAUGGAACGCUCAAUGUUGUUAAACUAAUUAUUGAUCAUAGGACUGGUAUCAAUAGUAAAAGAAUUCAUUUCACAAUACCAUUACAUAUCGCUGUGGCAAAAAAAAAUAUUGACAUUAUAAAUCAACUUCUCAAUUGUGGCGUUAAUGUAAACAGUAUGGAAAAAGAUGGAUCCACACCUCUACACAUAGCUGCUGCUCAAGGCUACGAAUCUAUAGUUAUUUUACUCUUAUCAAGGAAUGCCAAUGUAAAUAUAAAAGACAAUAAUGAUAGAGCUCCAAUACAUUUCGCAGUACAAAACGGUGAAGAAAAUAUUGUCAAAAUACUUCUUGACCAUGGUGCUGAUGUUAACAGCAGAGGGAUGUAUGGUACAUCACCUCUACAUAUUGCUGCUGGAAAAGGCUACGAGGCUAUAGUGAAUUUACUUUUAUCACGGAAUGCAACUUUGUAUGUUAGAGACAUUUAUAAAAAAGCUCCUUUAGAUGACGCAGUAUGGAAUGGAAAACUUAAUGUCGUCAAGAUACUUCUUAACAACGGUGCUGAAAUUGACAGUAAGGGAUUCGGUGGUAAAACUCCACUACACAUUGCCGUUAGAAUGUGCUACGAACCUAUUGUGAAUUUACUAUUAUCAAGGAAUGCAAGCAUUGAUAAAAGAGAUGAUAAUGACAGAGCGCCUAUUCAUUACGCAGCAGUUGAAAAAAACCUAAAAGUUAUUCAGGUACUCCUUGAUUUCGGGGCAAAUAUUAACAGCCAGGAUAUAAACGGUGACACACCCCUCAUUCUAGCAAUUCGGUCAUGGGGUGAUGAGACUGUAGUAAAUUUUCUAAUAUCAAGAAACGCCAGUUUAGAGAUGAAAGACAACUUCGAUAACGGUCCUCUACAUUAUGCGAUAUUAAGAAACAAUAUAAAAAUUGCUAUAAUACUUCUUGAUCAUGGAGUGGAUAUAAACAGUAGGGGAUACGACGGCUACACACCUUUACAUUUAGCUGCCGGAUACGGAGUUGAAAGAUUAGCAAUGUUAAUAAUUUCUAGGAAUGGCAGUGUGCAUAAAAGAGACCAGAUUGGUAAUGCCCCUUUACAUUUAGCAAUAGGCAAAGGGAAUAUCAAGGUGGUAAAGAAAAUCCUCGAUUAUGGAGCUUAUGUUGAUGUUAAAGGAAAUAAUGGCAUCACACCUCUCAUGUUAGCUGCCAAUAAUGGUAAUGAAGCUGUACUAAAUUUACUUAUUUCGAGAAAUGCUAGUUUAGAAAUAAAAGACAAUACAGAUAACACUGUAAUUCACUAUGCAGUGAUAAGUAAAAACCUUCAUAUGAUAAAGACACUUCUUAAUCAACAUGGUGUAAAUAUUAAUAGCAAAGGAGAAAAUGGUAAUUCACCAUUAUAUCUUGCAAUUUUAAAGGACAAACAAAAAUCAACUGAAUCACUGCUAUCGAAAAACACCAAUCUUGCAUUAAUAAAAUAUCACACAACCAAAGUAUAUCCUGUCGUAGAGAGUGAGAUAAUCAGUGUGAUGAAGACUCUUGUGGAACACGGGGCUGAAGUGAACUCACAAAAUUUGAUUGGGCGGACAGUGCUGCAUAAAGCUGCUGCAAUGGGUUAUACUGAUAUCGUUGGCUAUUUGCUAUCUCAGAAGGCAAAUUUCAAUAUUGAAGAUAAUGUUUGCUACACACCUUUCCAUUGGGCGGCUCAUAAUGGAAAAAUCGAUGUGAUGAAGAUCCUACUAGCGUUUGGGGAUGAUGUCAAUAGAAGAGGAUGUAAUAAUGUAACGGCAUUACACUUGGCAAUAGAGAGGAAUAACGCAAAGUUGGUGGAUUUCCUCUUGGCCCAGAAUGCUGACCCCAACGUGAGGAGGGAGGAUGGUCGUACACCUCUAGAAAUUUCCUUUCAUCAAUCAUCAAAACAAUUCAUUAAAAUACUCCUAGAUAAAGGGGCAACGGUGGAGGAUAAAAGUUUCUUAGGAUCGAAAGUUAUUUUUGAUGCAGUUGCAAAUAAAUCAAUAGAUCUCUUAAAGCUUUUCUUGGAUAGGACUGUAGAUUUCUACUCUUACCCGACAGUUAUUCUUAAUUAUGCAAUAGGAACACAGUUUAUAGAAGGAGUCAAACUCCUCAUCCUGUACGGAGCCAAUAUAGAAUCGAAAGACACACAUUGUAAUAUUCCUCUUUCUUCUGCUGUUAUGUCGAGAAAUACAGAUUUGGUUAGGUUAAUUCUGGAGACUGGAGUGAGAAAAAUCGCCAAAGAAAAUAUCAAAACCUUUCUGGAUGCAGAUUCUAAUGUAAAGAUUUUUUCCAAAUUGGAAAAUGUCCAACAGGUCCAUAAAUGGUCUCCAAUGCACAUUGCUGCUUACCACGGAUUGACAAAGGUUUUAAAAUUGUUAAUUUCUCACGGCGCUUCCUUAGAAGCAAGUGAUGAACGGAAAUACACACCACUCCACUACGCUUGUGAGAAUGGGCAUGUUGAAGUUGUUAAAAUACUUUUGGAUUCUGGAGUCAAUAAAAAUUGUUCCGAUAUCAAUGGCACGACCCCCUUGCACAUCGCCUGCAAACGAGGUUUGUUCCCAAUAGUAGAAUCACUACUUUCUGAUCCUCUUCCUGGCAUAGAUCUUGCUGAAAAAGAUGGAUACACUCCUCUACACUUUGCCGUAAUGAAUGGAUCAUUAGAAAUAGUUAAGUUGCUACUGGAUCAUAAUGCUGACAAAGAGGCUAAGAGUAAUGAUCUCAAAACUCCACUUCAUCUUGCUUCACUUGAAGGGCACAAGAAAAUCACAAAAGUCUUAUUGGACGUAGGAGCUGAUAAAGCAGCAUCUGACAUUGAUGGCAUGACUCCAAUGCAUUUUGCCGCAAGAGAAAGAUAUCAGUUGAUAGUCGAUUUACUGUUUGAGCAUAGAGCAUCUUUGAAUAAAAGAAACAAAAAUGGUAGCUCCCCACUUCAUCUGGCUUGUGAAGGUUGCAAAACAAAGCAGAAUCCUCAUUCAGAAAAAAAAUGUGGAAAUAUCGCCAUUUCACUUUGUAAUUUUGAUGCCAACGUAGAUGCUGUCGAUAAUGACCUAAUGACACCAUUACAUAUUGCUUCUAGAGACGGAUGUUCAAAAUGUGUGGAAUUUAUUCUUCCGAGAGGUAAAACAGGUACAAGAGAUAUAGGACAAAAUUCACCUAUCCACUACGCCGCCUUAAAUGGCCACAAAGAAAUAGUCCGUAUGUUUUUAAUGAAAGAUGAUGAUGAACGUAGAAAUAUUAACAUCAAUCAUGAAACUCCGCUGAUCUUGGCUUCAAGGAAAGGCCACACUGAUGUUGUAGCACUGCUUUUGCAGGGUGUGGUUGAUGAUUUUCGACCUGAUAUCAAUGGAAGGACAGCUUUGCACCAUAGUGCAAAUUUUGGUCACUUAGAAAUAGUAAAACUUUUAAGUUCUAUAUCAAGAAGAGAUACUGAAGACAAGUGGGGCUUUACGGCUCUGAAUUAUGCGUCUUCUUGGAAAGGACACCACGAUGUAAUAGGAUAUCUUUCGACUUCUCAGCUCAACAUUACUUUGUCAUAUUAUUUUGAUAAAUCAGAUCCUUUCCAAUAAAAAUAUUCAAGAAAUAUAAAACUUGUGGAAAUCUCAUUUGGUUUUAUUCAUAAUAUUCUUUAAAAUUGAAAAACAGAAUUUAUUUUCAAAUUUAAAUGAAGACAAAGUAAAAAGAGC